UUUGGUAAUUGGUUUGUGUUUGAUUUUGAUCGUAAUUCAGUUUAUGUACAUAAUAAUUCUAUGUGCUUCUGUUUGAUACUUAUAUUUUCCAAAUCCAGGAUUCGAGUUGAUAUGUUAAGUGAAUUAGUAUCUUAAUCACUAAUUCCAAUCCAACAAGAAAAUUAUUUGAUAUGACAGUAAUAAUUGACAGACCAAUAAAACAAUUAAAAUGUGUUCUGAAAUGCCGAAGGAGUUUCAGAAGACCACUGAAGUGUUACCUUUCACCAAGUACGGCUUGUCCACGGUCGACGAAUUUCGAAAAGUUGAAAAUGAUCUCCAGCAUUUGGAGUACUUGAAGAAGAUUGGUCUUUCAAAUGAGGAAAUUAAGUUGUACCAAGAAAAUGAGGCUGGUCUGUUAGACCAGCGUCAGAAGAUAGAGUCCAGUAUAUUGAAGGCGAAGCUUAAGGCUUUGUACAAUAAGAUCAAUGAUUCACAACACACUGCAGGGUGCUCAAAACAGUCUACAGCAGACCGUGCCAGCACAUCUACAUCACCAGAAAAAGAAGUAACCAUCAGAUUGCAAAAACAUGCACCAAAAUUCUAUGCUGAAGGGCAUCCUAUGAAUGAAUUGAAAGAAAUUGAGGAGGAUUUAUUCGGCCAUUUGCGAAAUGACAGUUUAUUACCAAUAACCAAAAGACGUAAGAUUCUAAGACGUCUAGAAAGGAAGAAGGAGAAAAUUAUCUCCAAGCAAAAGGAUCCAGGUAUUGACCCUAUAGCAGGACCGUCACACGUCAGACCUGGCAGCUUAUGGGAUGUGAAGGAUGUUAGGGAUAUCCCUGAUAAAGUUCGGUCACAACCUGGUAAAAAUAUCAUAGGACCUAGAAAACCAACAAUGUACACAAUAAAGGAGGACAAAAUAGUACGACUUGAACCUGUGGAGCGACGGGAAGGUGGAGAUGAAUUCAGGGCUGUAGAAAUUGUGGUACCGGUUAAUACUGCUGAGGAACAGCUUCUAGAAGGCACCAAAAUGAGCUUGGAUGACAUUAAGAAGAUUGAGAGGUUUAAAGAUUACGAGCCUGGGUUGCCUUCAAAAGUCCUGUAUCUUAAGAACAUAUCUCCAUCAGUGCCCCGGGAGCAGCUAUCUCUGUUGUUCAACCAGUUCCACCUGGAGAAUGGAGGCCCUGUGGAACUGAGGCUGAUGGCUGGACGGAUGCACGGACAGGCAUUUGUCACUUUUCACAGUAAUAUAUCUACUAUUACCUGCUAUACUUAAAUGUAUCAUCGUCAUUAUCAUUAGCAAUUGUCACUUUUCAAAGUGAAGAUUUGGCCAUACAAGCAUUGGUUGAAGUAAACGGCACCAUACUGGGUGGGCAACCUAUCAUAGCCCAGUUUGGUAGGAACAGCAAUCGCAUACAAAUUGAAGGAAACAGAUAAACCAUAUUUUAUACAAGAUUUUUUUUUAUUUCCAUAAGUACUAAGUAAGAUAACAAUUAUGUAUUAAGUAAACUAAUAUAUACUUAGUUAUAAAUUAUAAUCUAGUUGUUUUGUAAAUAAAACUUAAUUAACAAAUGA